UUUACCACGGUUUUUCAUGAGCAACGAGCGCGACGCCGCGUACUACAUUGAGCACAUCCCGAUGCUGCCGCACCCGGAAGAGAACGGGUACUACGCGGUCCAGCACCGGUCGACGAACCUCAUGGCGACGCCGGGCUGGGACGGCCCGCCGACCCGCGGCUGCCUCUCGACCAUCUUUUACAUGGUCCAACCGGUUAUGUUUAUCCACGUCAACCGGUCCGAGAUUGCCCAUUUCUGGCAAGCGGGCAGCGCGAUUCGGUACGUCAUGGUCAACCCUACGACGCUCGAGACGACCGAGCUCAUUCUUGGCCCGGACGUGCACCUUGGCCACGUACUGCAGUUUACGUGCCCGGGCGGCUGGUGGAAGGGCGCUGAGGUGCUCGAUACGUCCAUCAACUUUGGCCUUGUCUCGGAGGCCGUGAGCCCGGCGUUCGACUACUCGGACACGUGGCUCGUCGAGGCCACCGAUAUUCCCGAGUCGCACGCGACGCUGCGUCGGUUUUGCCGCCCGGCCGGCUGGAGCUGCACGACGGAGAAGGAGAUCCAAGCCAACUACGCCUUGACCAAGAACCGCGCGACCAAGUAAAUGUAUUUUUUGUUGGACAUAA